UAGUUUUGAAGGUCAAGUUUCCUCCUCUCUCAGUUAUUAUAAAAUGUGCUGUUUCAAGACCAGAAUCAUCAUUCUGUGGUUAAACAACCAAAGAAGCAUUGGUCAAGUGAAAUAGCUUGUUACCUGGAAGAAUAGUUGGAUUUUCUUUUGACUGACAACUUUUAUCGUCUUAGCUUUUAUCUUCAGCGAUUCAUAAGAAUUUCUAUCUGAACCAACAUUGUGAUAACCCUUUCAAAGCCUCGAAAGGUUAACGAUAUAAACAAGAAAAAAACAUUGAUUGUUACCUAUAAUUAUUGGUGAGAAAAUAAAUAAAACAGGAAUGGAAAACGCAAAGAUCAUUGUAUCUGGAAAUAAAGUUCAUCGUCCUUUGCUGGAUGAUACAGUAACUGAGGAAGAUAAGAGAAAAGCUGAGGAGGAAUUAAAUGAAACUGAUGAAUCAAGGACUGUAGCAUUAGCACUCUUCAAAGAAUUUAUAUCAGAUCAAACAGAUUUCAAUGCUCGAACAGAUGAAAACUAUCUUCUAAGGUUCUUGCGAGUUCGCAAAUUCGAUGUGCAGAAGUCAUUCAAAGCACUCGAUGAACAUUAUAAAUUCCGUGCCAAAUAUUCGGAUUGUUUUCCAUCCCCAUCAGGUGUUGCAAAGGCUCUGAAGGCCAACAUUUUCAACUAUUUACCUCACAGAGAUCAUAAAGGAAGAGCCAUUUUCGUUAUCAAAUUCAAAAACUGGAAUACAGAUCAGGUUAGCUAUGCUGAUUUUGUAGCCGUUGGUAACCUACUGAGCGAGUAUGUGUUAGAUAAUCCUGUAACACAAAUUAAUGGAUUUAUUGGAAUUUGGGAUUUCAAAGGAUUUUCGUUGAAGCAAUUCAUGACAUUUUGCGCACCUAAGAACAUAUAUUUACUUACAAGUUUCAUGCAGGAUCGUUUCCCAGGAAGAUUUAAAAUUGCCUAUUGCAUAAAUUGUUCAUCUUUUGUACAACCAACAUGGAACCUCUUCAAGCACGUAUUGAAAGAAAAGUUUAAGAAAAGGAUCUUGAUCAUGUCAUCUGACAUGGCAGAACUGCACAAACACGUUGAUCCUAGCAUUCUUCCUAAAGAAUAUGGUGGUGUCAUGCCUGCAUCUGNAAAAAAAACGAAAAAAAAAAGUUCAAAAAUUCACCACCAGCGGAGAAUGGCGCUGUAUACAGUGUUAAACAAAUGUGAACGUCAUAUCUUGAUCAUGUCAUCUGACAUGGCAGAACUGCACAAACACGUUGAUCCUAGCAUUCUUCCUAAAGAAUAUGGUGGUGUCAUGCCUGCAUCUGAUGCAACUGAAAUGGCAGAACGAGUGUUAACUAACGAGCCGUACUUCAAUUACAACAGAAAAUUCGGAUAUGAUCCCAAUGACUAUGAAAAAUUUCAACACUUAUAG